AUGCUCUCCAUUACAAACUCUAAAGGAAGACAAGUGAGUCUAUUAAACGAUGAUACAUCCAAGCAGCAGCCGCAAAAGAAGCGAUACCAUUGCACAGAGCCUGGAUGUCAAAAGAGUUUUACUACAAGUGGCCACUUGGCAAGACAUCAUCGUAUCCAUACAGGCGAAAAGAACUUUCAUUGCUUAUACCCCGGAUGUCCAAGUCGGUUCUCUCGUCAAGACAACAUGAUGCAGCACUACCGUACGCACAUGUCUUCAAGAUCAAGACAUCAUCACUACCACUAUCAAUACUAUCAGCAGCAUCCACAGCCACCAUUGGAGUGCCAAUACACUUACUACACACAUGAGCGACCAUCGUCCUUGUAUUCUUUAAAGCACACAAGCAGAAGAGGUUGGUCAUCCUUCUCAUCAUCGAGUACGGACAGCAGUAGUGGUAGUCCACCUCCACCUCCACCUCAAUACCAGCCAUCCAUGCCAUUGCCCCCUAUGAACACAAACACAACAGCCAACAAAUGGAUCUGUCAACAACCUGUUUCUUACUACCAACAGGAAUAUGUCUAA